UCUGGGAUUCCGGUUGCUUCCCCUUCUCCCCUCUUCGACAUUUCUUCUCUUGCCCCUCUCUCUCGAGACUCGACCCGACUCGAGCGCACGACACUAGCGAACAUUAGGGAUCCGGGUGAAGGACUUCGGCGUGGCAAUGACGGUCGAUCAGAAGGAGGCGAUGCCGAUGCAGGUCCCGCCGCUGCAGCCCGGAAGCAGGAAGAAGCGACCUCGUAGAUCACGUGAUGGGCCUACGUCAGUGGCAUCGACGAUCCAGUGGUGGGUUGAGCUCAACAAGCAACUGGAGCAUGAUCCUGAGGCCACAAAACGACCUAGGAAAGCACCUGCGAAGGGUUCGAAGAAAGGCUGCAUGAAGGGAAAAGGAGGGCCUGACAAUACACAGUGUGGAUACCGUGGUGUGAGGCAGCGAACUUGGGGCAAGUGGGUUGCUGAAAUUCGAGAGCCAAAUCGGGUCAACAGACUCUGGCUGGGGACCUUCCCAACUGCGGAGGAUGCAGCCAGGGCUUACGAUGAGGCGGCCAGAGCAAUGUAUGGACGACUGGCUCGCACUAACUUUCCCUGUCAGCAUGCACCAACUUCUGCUCAGGUUUGUCCAGCAGCUGUUAAAGGUGUCCAGCCUGUCAGCGUGUCAUGUGAGUCCACGACAACAUCGUCUAAUCACUCUGACACUGCAUUCGCCUCACACAAACCUGAAAUUCCCGAUAUUUUGAGUCCACUGAAGACUGAACCAGAGGUUCUGGAACCUGUUCCACACGAGUUUAAAACGGAAUCUGCUACAUUGGACAACAGUGACGAUGGUCAUCCGGGUCCUGAAACUGCGACUAGCAGUGUAGCUGAUGAGGUCUUCAAGCCGCUGGAACCUAUCUCCAAUCUACCACAGGGUGAUGACGAAUGUUUUGAUAUCGACGAAAUGUUGACGAUGAUGGAAGCUGAUCCACAGAAUGAGGGCUCGUGGAACUGGUACCAGGAUUCUGAAGCCAAUGAUGUUGGUGCCGACGCUGGCAUAGAGCAACCCUUCUACCUUGACGUGCUGGAUUCGAGUGUGCUGGAGAGCAUGCUCCAGUCGGAGCCAGAUCCAUUGUCGAUGUCGGAAGAACCGGACUUGUUCCUUGCUUGCUUUGACAAUCCUGAUUUCGUUAAUGGUUGUGAUUUCUUGGAGGGGCUAGAUUGAAUUUCUAUUGUUUGGCCAGCCAAAUAAACCUUCACAUGAUGAGAAUUGAUCGAUGAGCUUUAGCUCGUCACAUCCGAGUGUGGGGUGAAGGUGAACAGGAUUGGGUUCCUUGGAAGAACUGAUAAACUUAAGCUAGGUUUUUCAUCUGUUCUUGUUCUUUAGGCAUGGGAACUCUUGUGGGUUUGUGAAACCUUAAUUUGAGAACCCUAUGUUAUUGUAACGACGAGCCAAAAAUGAUGUUGUAAAUACUCCCUCGGCUCGUGGAAAGGAAAAAAAGCAUCUGCUUUGGUUUGCGAACAAAUUAUUUACUUU